ACUGACAUGGACUCGGACCACACUCUACCUACCUAUACUCCUUCAACGCCAUCUCCGUCUUACUCGACUAUUCUGCUCCCAGGCGAGCGGACCGUUGAGCAAACACAGAGACAGGCUUUAUCCUCUUAUACAGGUUCUUUUCGAAGAAUAACGGAUGACAUUACACUGGUUCUGAAGGAUCAGCGUCCAGGUAGCAUCGUUCCUGCGUACGGUCGAAACGCCCUGGUACGAGGUCAUAUCUCUCUCCACAACGUGGACACUCUUAGCGCCGUGCACUUGAAGCUCGAAGGCGCGCUCACAAUAGAGAUGUCUUUCUACUCAAGUAAAACAACGCUUAUCGCCAGCUCGUUCACCAUGUGGCAGUCCGACGGCAGCUCUUCUGCGCGUCCUCCGCUCAACAUACCUUUUGUUUUGGUAUUUCCGACAACUUACCAGGACGGAGGCCAGGAAUAUCCUCUCCCUCCAACUUUCGACAGUGAAGGUAGUCCCGCAUCAUGUUCAUAUACUCUCACUGUCGCUCUCUCAAAACCUCGACAACUUCUCCCAUUCUUGACUCAAAGUGAAACAUUAUCUAUUCCUCUACAUUAUUACCCACGCUCUCGUCCCCAUGCACCUAUAUUACCCAGUGGAUUGUCUUUCAUGUCCACCGUAAAAUCGUCGCCAGAAGAGUGGCACCAAGUUAUGUCCACAAUGAACUCGGUACCAAGUUCUGGUAUUGUACCGAUACAGUGUUCGCUCUUCAUCCCAUCCGUGCAAGUCUUCGCACUGACCGAUGUCAUACCAUUCCACCUACAACUCCGCGGGCCGAAGUCCUCAUUAUCUGCAUUUAUUUACCAUGUAUCUUCUCCAACGGGGUCCAACUCGAGCUUAGGAAUCAUCGGUACUGCUAUUCGAGUUUACAUUUCUCGCCAGGUAAUAGUAAAAGUUGGCGAAGAAAAAAUCCAUCGCAAACGAGUCCUCGGUGAAGGAACAUUGCGGGCCUUGUCAUCUUCUAGUGACAUCAAGCCUAUCUUCCGUCAUUCUUCUUCGACGGACGGCUUGGAUACGCUAGAUUGGGAAGGUGAAUUGCAAUGUAACAAGGAAAUUACUACGCCUGGGUUUAGUAUUCCCCAGCUUGCUGUAAAGGAUUCUAUUGUAUUGUCGAUCACACCUCCUCAACCUCUCACAUCACCUCUCCUCCGAUUACACCACGAACAUGUCAUUCGCCUUGCUACAGACCCUUGGUCUGACCAGGGCUGAAAAUCCAUGUUACGCAGAUACCAGUGAUGAUUAUAGACUGCCAGCAGUCAUUUCUCUUGUUUUGCAUUCUCGUGGCAAAUCCAGUUUUUCCCUGUCCUGAAGUUUGUAGCCUGACAAUCAUGCCCAGAUAUUGUAUCUCAUCUCAGAAGAUUACUGUUUCUGGUCCACUUCCCAUAACAUUGUAUCAAGCCAAGUGCGGAAGGGGUAGGAGUGGAAGGAAAUGAAGGAAACGAGCCAGGGGAACGGGGAUGGGAGCGCAAUGUGGGAGGUAUUAUUCGGUGAUGGGCUUUUGAGAUGGGAGGUAUGUAAGGGGUGUUUAUAGCGAUUAAAAAUGUACUCUCUCUGGCUAGGUUGCUAGCCCCAGCGUCCCACCAAGAAAUGAGAAGAGUUGGCGCUGUUCGCCGUUGAAGCCCAG